GAGCAGGUCGUACUUUUAUUAGAUAUGUUUGUUUGUAGAGUGUGUCAGGAUGGAUCCCUUGUCUUUUCAUCUGCAAACUAAAUCUACCUACGGGUACAAAUAAAGAACUUGAACCUGAGCAUCAAAGGCUUCUGGAUUUCCCUUUUUUUGUUUGUUGAGUGGUUUGUGUUUGCCACGUUGGUGACAUUUUAUAGAAAGCAGCUGCAUCAGACACAGCACAGUCACAGCUCAUUUACUUCCCUUUUGUUUGUAUUAUCUUGCUCUCUUUUUACAUGUUACUGGUGUCUGAGAAGGUGACCUGAAGUGUCACACAGGUAUACAGCAUAUUUCCAUCUUUACUUCCGUAUGCUGCUGGAUAGAAAGAGUUUUACUUUCUUUGGAAAGACGCCAAGCAAAAUGUCUUCCUCUAAUCUCCUAAGAAGACGGUGCCAAAGCUGAGCAGUUAACCAAGGCAUCGAUAUGGAGGUUUCCAACCCUCUGAAGAUGUACGGCCUGUACCUGGAAGCCGUCAACGAUUACAUUAAUGAAUCCUACGGAGAGGACGUUUGGAGGCUCAUCGAGAACCGAGCAGAGAUACCCCACCUCAAGUUCGUCCGACAUCAGAUGUACAAUGACAACCUGAUCCUGCGGCUGGCCAAGGCGGCAGGUGAGGUUCUGGGAAAGACCCACGACGAGCUGAUGUAUGCCUUCGGGGUCUAUAUGGUCAAGAGGAUCGGAAACUACGGAUACGAGCGGAUCCUAAAGGUCUUGGGGCGAAAUGUGCGCGACUUCAUCAACGAGCUGGACAACCUGCACGAGUACUUUCGCUUCUCCUUCCCCAAAGUGCAGCCGCCCAGCUUCUGCGUGGAGGAGGAGUGCGAGACGAGCCUCACGCUGCACUACCGCAGCACCCGCAAAGGUUUCACCCAGUUCGUCAAAGGACAGCUGUCUCAAGUGGGACGGCAAUUCUACAGCACAGACAUCGAAGUGGAAAUCCUGUCUAAAGAGGAGACGGAGAAAAUGACAUAUGUGGUCUACAAGAUGAACUUCGACAACGCAGCCUUCAAACACCGCACGCCGCAGCAGAAGACGGCGCCGGGCUACGAGAAGCUGCCGAUGAAGCGAGGCCUCUUUUUCGACAUGUUCCCCUUCAGCGUGAUCUUCCGCCGCGACAUGACCAUGUACCGCAUCGGAGACGGCCUCAAAGAGGUCUUCUCCGACCUGCAGGGCAAGAAGGUCAACGAGGAGUUCACUCUGAUCAGACCCAUGCUGGAGUUCACCUGGGAUAACAUCUACACCCAUCUGAACAAUGUGUUUGAGCUGCUGUCUGUAGCGGUGGUGGAGAGCAAGCAGAAGGUCAACAUUCCCAAACAGAGCAAGGAGGAUCCGGAGGAGGGUCGAGAGAAGGAGGAGAGUGAGAAAGCAAAGAGAGAAGAAGAAAGAGAUGAAGGGAGGUCUAAGGACAUGGAGGAGAUGAAGAGUUCGGACCAGGAGUACAGCGGCACCGUCACGCAGUACAACAGCUCAGCUAACUCUGGAGGAGAGGACAUUGAACUUCUGGCUUUCCAAACUGUCACCGGAAAGCGCAGCGAGACGAUCUUUGAGGACACGCGGGAGCCUCCGAAGAAACCUCUCCACCUGAAGGGCCAGAUGAAGUACGUCCCCCCGUGGGACUCCCUCAUCUUCCUGGGGACCCCCAUCAUAGAGACAGUGGAGGACAUGAUAAAGAUGGGAGUGUACGUGAACGAUCUGAACCUGCAUGACUCCAGCAGAGAGCUGAUUCUGGCCGGGACGCAACAAUCGGCUGAGCUACAGCUGGCCCUGGAUCAGGAGCAACAGAAAUACGCUCAGCUGAUGGAAGUCAUCAAGACGCUGGACGAGGAGAAGAAGAGAGGAGAUUCUUUGCUGUACGCCAUGAUCCCUAAAGCUGUGGCCGACCGCCUCAGGAAGGGGAUCACUGCGCUGGAGACGUGCCAGGUCUUCCCCGAUGUGACCAUCCUGUUCAGCGACGUGGUGAAGUUCAACGAGAUCUGCAUCCACAUCACUCCCAUGCAGGUGGUGGACAUGCUGAACGAGAUCUACAUCGUGUUCGACACGCUCAGCGAGAAGCACAACGUCUAUAAGGUGGAGACGAUCCGCGACGCCUACAUGGUGGUGGCCGGCGUUCCCAAUAAAACCACCUUUCACGCGCACCAUAUCUGCGACAUGGCGCUGGACAUGCUGAGCUCCAUCGACCACCUGAAGGACCCGUCCACCGGGGACAACAUCCAGAUCAGAGUCGGUGUUCACUCGGGAAUGGUGGUGGCAGGUGUGGUGGGUCUGAAGAUGCCUCGCUACUGUCUGUUCGGAGACACCGUGAACACCGCCUCCAGGAUGGAGAGCAACGGAGUGGGCAUGCAGAUUCACAUCAGCCAGACCACCAAAGACCACCUGGAACACGAGCCCUAUAUCAUCGAGGAGAGGGGCAAGAUAUUUGUGAAGGGUAAAGGCUACAUGAAGACCUACUGGCUGAAAGGGAAGGGAGAUUUAUCGUUCAAGACCCCGGCAGAGCUGCGAUACAACGCCGAGCAGAAGGAAUCUGAGGACAAGAGCUCUAAUGGCUCCAUCAGCUCCAACACCAAGCGCAUGGGCUCCAACCUGAACAUCAGGGGCAGCCGGGAGCAUGUGGAGGGCAAGCCGAGCCCCUGCGACCUCCCUCUGGAUCACGCCCCCCCACCAGAGGUCGAGCCCGCCACCAUCUCAGACGAGCCCCACGACAAGGAGAAGGCCAACAAAAAGACUAAAAACAACAAGGGGGCAAAGAUGGAGGGGCCCCCGGUGAUCGCUGUGAUCGAGUCUUUGCCCCCAGAGGACACCACCGCUCCGCUCAUCAACAGCAAGAGGAACAGCUUCAGGCAGCAGUACGCCAAGCUGCCCAAUGCCAAACUACCCAUGAGGAGCGCCUCCUGCUGCCUCCUGUGAGCGGAGAGUUUGUGAUUAUUAAACAAAACCCAACAUGAGACCAGGGGGUGAAGAUAAAUAUACUAUUGGAGGUUAAUCAAGGGGGGGAAAUAAUGAAAUGUAACAUCUUGCAGUGACUGACUAUCAUUGCAUUUCAACAAGAUGUGGAGGAGAUUAUUUAACUCGAUUAAAAGUAGAAGUAUCAGAUUUUAGAUUUACAAUAUCAUUGGUGUUUAAUUCAACAUUUUGCAGUGACUAACAAUCUGCAUUUUAACAAGUGGUGGAAGAAUAUAUUCAAGACAAACCCCAACAUGUGACGAGGGUCUGAAGCUAAAUGUACCAUUGGAGGUUAAUCAGACGGGGAAAUAAAUGGAAAUUUGAACAUCUUGCAGAGACUGACUAUCAUUGCAUUUCAACAAGAUGUGGAGGAGAUUAUUUAACUCGAUUAAAAGUAGAAGUAUCAGAUUUUAGAUUUACUCUUGUCAGUGUAAAAGUCUUGCUUUCAAUAAGCUCCAUUACCAAGCGCUGUCAUUGGAGGUUAGUCAGUGGAAAUUCAAUAUUUUGCAGAGACUGACUAUCAUUGCAUUUUAACAAGUGGUGGAAGAUUAUAUUUAAUUUAAAGUAAAAGUAGAAAUAUCAGAUUGUAGAUUGACUCUGUUCAGUGUUAAAGUCCUCCAUUACCAAGCGCUGAAAAUGUCAUUCGAGUUUAAUCAGAGGGCAAAAAAAGGAAGAGGGAUUUCAACACUUUUAACAUUUGCAGUGACUGACAGUUUGCAUUUUAAACCAUUUGUGGAAGUAAACAAAUAUCAAUCAAACAUAUAUUUUAAGUACCAAAAGCAAGAGGAAUCGUCAAUAUGUGUUUUGGCCCAUUUCAGAAAAUACAGAGUUAGAUUGUUGAUGCAUUCAUGUGUUCAUAACGUCUGAUAAAGUGGGUAGUGGUGGUCUAAUGGAUAGUGAGGUGGGCUGAAGAUCGGAAGGUUGUGAGUUCAAAUCCCGCCUGGAACACCACCACUAGUGUGCCCUUGAGUAAGGCACUUAGCCCUUAGUUACUCCAGGGAGAAUGUCCCUGUAAUCGGUAAUUGUAAGUCGCUUUGGAUAAAAGCGUCAGCUAUGUGAAAUGUAAUAAAGGUGAAGUUAAAUGUAA